UAAGCAAAACAAUAAUGCCUCUCCUGCAAUUUUUCUCCCAUCAAAAUAAUUUCAAUGGAGUCAUCUUCUUCACUCCUUAUUCAUCACUCUUACCUCUCUUACCUUAAUCCAAAAUUUCGAAAUAGACCUUCCCUUUCUUAUCCGUUAAUGCGAAAUCCGCAAAAAUGCAAACAAACUCGAAUUUGUUCAAAUAAGAUGUACGUUCCCGGCUUUGGAGAAGCUUCUCCGGAGGCUAAGGCAGCGAAGCAUCUUCAUGACUUCUUUACUUACGUUGCCGUGAGGAUAGUGUCUGCUCAGCUUGAGAGUUAUAACCCUGAGGCAUAUAUGGAGUUAAGAGAAUUCUUAGACACGAAUUCUGUAAGUGACGGCGAUAAAUUUUGUGCCACUCUCAUGCGUCGCUCUUCACGUCACAUGAACUUAGCUCUUCGAAUCUUAGAGGUACGAUCUGCCUAUUGUAAAAAUGAUUUCGAGUGGGAUAAUUUGAAGCGUCUCGCCUCGAAGAACGUAGAGAGAUCCAACACAAGACUCAUGCGUGAAUACGUCUUGGAGACUAGCCAUGUCGAAACCGAUUCCGAUACUUGAAACCUGAGAUAUCUUCGGAUCACAUUCACAUAUAUAGUCUCGAGAGUAUACACACUUAUAACUGUUUGUACAUACAUAUACCAUUGUACAUUUGUGCUUGUGUUAAUCUCAGGCCUGAUCCUAGACCCUUUUCUUUUGAGAA